AGGACGUGUCACCCCACAGCCACCGGACACUCCACUCCACCAAAGCGACAGUCCACUGUGAACACGGCGCGGGACUAAGAUGGAAGUCUACACUGUUACAGUAGCAACUGGUACUUCAGAGUAUUCAGGCACCAACAACUACAUUUAUCUGACGCUUGUGGGGGAGAACGGGGAGAGCGAGCGCACUCAACUCGACAACCCUGGACUGGAUUUCUGUCGAGGAGCAGUUGACCAGUAUAAGGUGACGAGUCCUUCACCUUUAGGCUCGGUGCUACUGGUCCGACUAGAGAAACAAAGAUACUGGGUGGAAGACAACUGGUUUUGUCAAUAUGUCACUGUAGAGCCUCCAGAUGGAGGUAAAGUGCUGACUUUCCCUUGUUACCGAUGGUUUGUAGGCGAUGUCAAGAUGGAGAUACGAGAAGGAACCGCAAAGACGCUGACAGGUGACUCUGCACUGCAGCUGCUGGAACACAGGAGAACAGAGCUGCAGGAGCGACAGAAGACUUACAGAUGGGUAACGUGGGCUCCAGGGAUUCCCAGAUGUGUUGAUGCUGAAACAGAAGCAGACUUACCCCAAGACGCCCGCUUUGACAACGAGAAGCGGAGUGACUUUGAACAUUCAUUACAUUACGCUUUGCUGGAGUUAUCUCUGAAGAAGCUGACCAUCUGGUUUGGGAAGUCCUGGGAUGACCUUGAAGAUUUCAAACGUAUCUUCUGGAAGUUGAAAAGUCCCAUAGCGGAGUAUUGUAUGAACCACUGGAAGGAGGACUGGUUCUUUGGCUACCAGUGUCUAAAUGGUUCCAACCCCAGGAUGAUCCAGAGGUGCAAAAAGCUGCCGGAGAACCUCCCUGUUACUGCAGAUAUGGUUCAGCGCUCUAUGGCUGGCAGGACCAACUUGAACAAAGAACUGAAGGCAGGAAACAUAUACUUGUUAGACUAUGCCAUCAUGGAUGGGAUUCCCAGUAACACAAUCAAGGGACACCCUCAGUACAUCGCUGCUCCUAUCUGUCUCCUGUACCAACACCCAGAUGAAGGACUUAUACCUAUUGCUAUACAGCUUGAACAGACUCCAGGCCGGGACACGCCCAUAUUCCUGCCCAGCGAUCCCCCUCUGGCCUGGCUGCUGGCUAAGAUGUGGGUGCGUCACUCUGAGUUCCAGGUAUUCCAGCUCCUGUCUCACCUACUUAGGACUCACCUGGUGGUAGAAGUGUUUUGUGUGGCCACUUUGAGACAGCUGCCUGCUGUACACCCCAUUUACAAGCUUCUGGCUCCUCAUCUACGCUACACUCUAGAGAUCAACUGUAGGGGGCGCACUCAGCUCAUCUCUGCAAAUGGCAUCUUCAAACGAGUUGUGUCUACAGGUGGUGAUGGCCUGUUAAUUUUGGCCCAGAGGGAGUACAAGGUGUUGACCUACCGCUCCAUUCAGCCGCUGUAUGAUUUCUGUGACAGAGGAGUGUCUCAGCUCCCCAACUAUUUCUACAAAGACCACAGUCUGAUGCUGUGGGAGGCCAUACACAGUUUUGUCUCCAGUAUGGUAAACCUGUACUACCAGUCAGACCAUGAUGUGCAAGAAGACCUGGAGCUUCAGGCCUGGAUCAGAGACAUCACGGAGGAAGGCUUCACAGAGCUCCCCAACUUUGGUUUGCCCAGUAAACUCAGCAGCAGAGAGGAACUCUGCACACUGCUGGCAGUGGCUAUCUUCACAAGCACAGCCCAGCAUGCUGCAACUAACAACGGACAGUUUGACUGGUGUGCCUGGGUUCCCAACACCCCCUGCACCAUGAGACAACCGCCACCAACAGACAAAGAUGCUGUUACCAUGGAUAUGAUUAUGGCCACGCUUCCUGAUGUCAGCCAGUCCUGUGUACAGAUGGCCAUCACAUGGCAUCUGGGACGAGCACAGCCAGAUGCAAUUCCUUUGGGCCGAUACACUGAGGACCACUUCACCGAGGCCAAAGCCCUGGAGGUGAUCGACAGGUUCAGGGUGGAGUUGAAGGAGAUCGAGAAACACAUUCUGACUGAGAAUGAAGGACUGGAGCUGCAGUACCUUUUUCUCCUGCCCAGUCGCAUAGAAAACAGCAUCACCAUAUAGAAAUACUCCCAGACUGCUGAGUGAAUCUUUGCAGUGCAAGGACUCCAGCGACACUCAAAGAAGGGAACAACUUUAUUGACUGACCGGCGUGUUUCGGCGUGUGGCCUUCAUCAGGGUCAUAGUAACACAUAGAAGUGUGCUUAAAUAAAAGGCAGGAAAUUAACCAAUCACAUCUUCAUAGAUAAACCAGCUGACAUAUAACAGGUUGGUAUUGGUUAACUGGUUAAGUCACGCACAAGUAAAUACUGGUCUAGAUCAUUAUCUUAAAUCUUAAAGUUUGGAAAUUUGUCCUUAUGUUAUAUGAGGUUGUUUUCUGUUCUUUAAAUAUGAACCAAAAAUGAAUCAAAACAAUAGACGACGCAGGAGAUGAUCAGGAGGGAAAAACGUUUCUUUACACAGACUAUAAAAAUAUUUUGUUAAUGGAGCGGUUCUAUUGUAGCACUUUUCUACUCUCCCACAGCAGCUUUAUACAGCACACACGUUCAAAUAAGCACUUUUUUAUGCUGAAGUGUUUUCUAUCUAAUAUUGACUCACUCGUACUCUGAUGGAUGCAUCUUGGGUUCGUAUCUUGCCCAAGCAUAUUUCAAACCACCAACCCUCCGAUCAGCCGAUGCCUCGCUCCACCUCCAGCCGCAGGAUUUCCUGGAAGCUCUUUAUUUGCAUCUCAACCACUAACAGUUGGAACUGAUGUGUCAUGUGCAGAGUGGGCGAGCAAGUGAAAUGAAGUGUCUGACAUGUCAGUUCCCAGCUGCUUGAGAUCUGGUGACUGGUCAGAUUAGAGAUAAACCUGCGUGAGUCAUGUUUGGAGAGAUGAGUCAUUGUUUGUGUUCACAUUAAUUAUAUGAGUUCAGAUAUUUCCUUCUGUAGUAGGGUAAGUUAAGUUUACCUCCAUUUAAUCAAUCCUGGGCAAUCAGUAAGUAGUACUUUUGACAGAAUAACUUCAAUGUUUUAACUUUUUUACUUAGAACAUAUAAAUGUAUUAUGAAGCUUAAAGCAAGACAUCCUGAUAUAUCCAUGUGCUUACAAUGUUGAGAAAUAAACAAAUGAAGCUACAGCCUUUGUGUGUACUUUGUGGCUUCAGUACAACUGUAAGAUUACUGCAUGACUCAUCAGGUAACAGUAAAGAGUGGGUCACUGUGACGUUCACCACAGGAAGAACACAGUGGAUACAGUAAGUCUGCUUACAGCAGACAGCUGGACG